AUGGCCGGAAAUACCAGCUCUAUACAAAUACUAUCAUGCGAUGAUAGCCCCCUUUCAACAACGGGCAAUAUUAUCGGCAUCCUGACAUUGGCAUACGCAAUAUUCGUCACAGCAAUAUUCUACGCGACUCGCAUACUGGAUGCUGAGAAAGACUUGCAAGAGUUUGGACAUCGGUUUCUUGAUGAAUUUACGGCAUUCGAAUCUGUUGCACAUUGGCUCCAAAGUGUUUCCCACUUGAUCCCCGAUGAGCUACAACCCGAAGCUAGCCAGAGCCAGCAGUAUCAUCAUCUAGAGAACUUGGCGCACAAAGUCAGAGCAGAUCUAGCCGAAAAGGACUCUCUUCCCUUGUGGAUACUACUUGGUCGACGGGGUUACUUUCUAGCCCAAAAGGUUGAGGCGGAGGACAAGCUGAAACAGAUUGUUCAAUUGAGGAAGAAAAGGCAGAUGUUUUGUCUAAGGGUUACUCAAGCCAUUAUAAUCAAGCAGACUGGAGAGCAGAAUGAGAGAAUGCAUCUGCAAAGAGAAAUCAUGCGUCUUCAGGAUGCUUUGAUAUUUCAGUUAAGGGCGCAGCGAGCGUCCUCGGAACUGCAUCUGCAGGAUAACUAG